CCCCUCCACAUCCCUCUUCAUUCUAUUCCUCCGUUCCCCCCGGCUUGUCAGCUCCAAAGUCUCCUACGAUCUUUACGCCUCUCCUGAAGUCUAAUGUAUACCAAGCACUUCUCAAGAGCCGUCGCGCUCACCGGUGGCGUGCUAGCUCUCGUCGCCGGUGCACACGCGCUCCAAAAGGUCUCCCGGGUCGGACGAUACCUGUAUACGGACGACGGCAAUCGCUUCUUCAUCAAGGGUAUCGCAUACCAGGAGCAAGGUGCUGCUUCAACCGACCCUAACAACCCUUUUUCUGAGCCUUCAACGUUCAUCGACCCGCUCCAGGAUGGCACCGCUUGCAAGCGUGAUAUUCCCUUCCUCCAGCAGCUCGGCGUGAACACCAUUCGUGUCUACAGCGUGAACUCGUCCCUCAACCACGACGACUGCAUGAGUGCUUUCAGUGCAGCUAACAUCUAUACCAUCGUCGACCUUGCCCUUCCCGGGAAUGGUUCCAUUGACCGUCUCAACCCCACAUGGACCACGAACCUCCAGGACCAGUACAUCAACACCAUCAAUGUCUUCAACAAGUACGACAACGUGCUUGCCUACAACGUUGGAAACGAGAUUAUCGUCGACCCUUCGGGUACUGGCGCGGCUCCUUUCAUCAAGGCUGCCGCUCGGGAUAUUAGGUCAUACCUCAACUCAGUCGGUUCCUCUGCUCUUGUGGGCUACGCCGCCAUCGACGGUGACGACAACUGGGUUCUCCCCCUCGCGGAAUACCUCUCUUGCGAUCCCACGUCUGCUAAUAAUGGCUCGUCCGCCAUUGACCUCUUCGGCCUGAACAACUACGAGUGGUGCGGCAACGACUCUCCGUCCGCUUACUCCGGCACGAACGGUAACUUCGCGGGCUACAACGUUCCCGCGUACUUCUCCGAGUUUGGAUGCGUAAAGAACCCGCCGCGUCUCUGGACGGAAGUCGGCACGAUCUUUAGCCAGCCUAUGUCCGACAUCUGGUCUGGCGGUGUCGCGUUCAGCUACUUCCCCGCCGAGUCCAACGACGGAGAGUUCGGCAUUGUCACUAUCAAUGGUAACACCGUCACGACCAACGACGACUUUGGUCGCCUUCAAGCUCAGUACGGCAACGUGACGUUCCCCACCGUCCCCUCCAAGAGUUCCGCGGGCACAACACAGUUCCCGAGCUGCCCGCCCAACAACUCAAGCUGGCUCGCGUCGAACACGCUCCCGCCCACACCUAAUGACAACGAGUGUCAGUGUCUGGCCAGCACGUUGAGCUGUCAGUUCACGCCCAAGACCGACAACACGAGCGUCAUCAUCGGGUCCCUUAUCGACUUCACGUGCUCGACCCUCCCCAGUGUCAACGCUAACUGCGACGACAUCUCGGGCAACGGCACCACCGGAAGUUAUGGCCGCGUCGCCUUCUGCGAUCCCGCGACCAAGCUCUCUUUCGUGAUGUCGGAGUUCUACGAAGCCACAAAUCGCGCCGCGACAUCGUGCGACUUCUCCGGCAACGCGACCGUCAACCCGAAUGCGCCCACGUCCGCCUCGGCGGAGAACGCCGCCGCGUCCUCCUGUCUCUCCAACCCCAAUGCCGUCUUCACGCCUUCCUCGCCCGCAAGCGCCUCAGGGUCUAGCUCGACUGGCGGCUCGACUGGCUCCGGCCAGAGCGGCUCGAGCGGCAACAAGAACGCCGCUGAGUCGCUCUUCGAGAGCAAGGCGUUGUUCGGCGUCGGGAUCGCAGCGCUGUUGAGCGUCCUCGGGUCUGCGCUGACGCUCGCAUGAGCGACGGCAUUUCAAAUGCUUGGAGGGUUCACGAGGUAAAACCUAUAAUGCGGAAAACAGACGGACUGAAUCGGUGUAUUGUUCUCUGCAGUGCUUCGGCAUCGGAUGUGUAUGACUGGACCCUUUGCUCGCAACGGACCGUACGGCGUUGUUCCCCUUGACCAUACCCUAGCCUACCUUCUUAUGACAACCUAGCUAGUACUACUUAGUGGCCUCGCCCGCUUUGCUCCUCUUUCCGGAGACGUCGGCCCCGCUAUGGGACCGCAAUGGACUGAUCUUUCAACGUAAUCGCAGCUCUGGAACCAGCUUUGUUCCAACCGUCUGCAGAUGCCUUGUUACCUGCCCGAGCCAGGCAGGUCCUUGUUCAGCGAGCCGCCUUGCCAUGACUCGAUGCGUCGAAUUCGCCGACGGCCUCGGAGCCGUUGCGACAGCUCUGCCCAGUAGUCCACCUUCGAAGGUCAUUUCGAGCGACAAGGGGGCACCGGCGGCCAUCGAACGAAGCCUGCCGCUCUGGCCUCAUCAGCGACAGGACAUACAUAGGAACGCGCGCCGAACCUUGGAAGUGCUUCGGCAGAAGACGCGCACACCGCGACGAAGUGCCGCUCCUGUCAAAUAACGUUGGCCAGGGACAGCCGAUGGGAGAGUAUUAGAGGUUUGGCAGGGCGGGAAAGGGUUGGGACAGCGGCCGCCCGCGGGACUUAUUCGGUCAGGCCAAGCGAGUCAAUUGCGGGCACACGCGGGUGGAAACAACCUGAGACGGCCUGGUGAUUGC